UGACGUUCCAGCUGAUGAUGGCAGUGGGAACAGCUGUGAUUGGCUCGCUGCAGUUUGGCUACAACACAGGGGUCAUCAACGCUCCCCAAAAGAUCAUUGAAGGCUUUUUAAAUGACACGUGGAACAACAGGUACUCUGAGCCCAUCCCUGCCACAUCCCUGACCACCCUGUGGUCCAUCUCCGUGGCCAUCUUCUCUGUCGGGGGCAUCUUCGGCUCCUUCUCCGUGGGCCUCUUUGUCAACCGCCUGGGCAGGAGGAACUCGAUGCUCAUCGCCAAUGUGCUAGCAUUCAUUGCCGCCGGGUUCAUGGGCUUCUCCAAGCUGGCGGUGUCGUGGGAGAUGCUGAUCGUUGGCCGCUUCAUCGUGGGACUUUACUCCGGCCUGUCCACUGGCUUCGUGCCCAUGUACGUGGGGGAGAUCGCGCCCACUUCGCUCCGUGGGGCGCUGGGCACUCUGCACCAGCUGGGAAUCGUCAUUGGAAUCCUCAUGGCACAGGUGUUUGGGAUGGAGUCGAUCAUGGGGAACUCCACUAUGUGGCCCUUCCUGCUGGGCCUCACUUUCAUCCCGGCCGUGUUGCAGUGUAUCCUGCUGCCCUUCUGCCCCGAGAGCCCUCGCUUCCUCCUCAUCAACUGCAACGAGGAGCUCAAGGCCAGGGAAGUGCUGGAGAAGCUGCGAGGCACUGAGGAGGUGGGCGCCGACAUGCAGGAGAUGAAGGAGGAGGCCAGGCAGAUGAUGAGGGAGAAGAAAGUGACCAUCCUGGAGCUAUUCCGCUCGCCACUCUACCGCCAGCCCAUCUUCAUCGCCAUCAUGCUCCAGCUCUCCCAGCAGCUGUCUGGCAUCAACGCUGUUUUCUACUACUCCACCAGGAUCUUUGAGAAGGCGGGGGUUUCUCAGCCAGUCUAUGCUACCAUUGGGGCUGGGGUAGUCAAUACAGCCUUCACUGUUGUGUCUCUAUUCAUUGUGGAGCGUGCUGGGCGAAGAUCCCUUCACCUCACUGGGUUACUGGGGAUGGCCUUCUCAGCGGUCCUGAUGACAGUUGCCAUGGCACUGCUGGACCAGCUGCCAUGGAUGUCGUACGUUAGCAUCGUGGCCAUCUUCAGCUUCGUGGCCUUCUUUGAGAUUGGCCCAGGCCCCAUCCCAUGGUUCAUUGUGGCUGAGCUCUUCAGCCAAGGUCCUCGGCCCUCUGCCUUUGCCGUGGCUGGAUUCUCCAACUGGUCAGCUAACUUUAUAGUGGGCAUGACCUUCCAAUACGUUGAGCAACUGUGUGGCCCCUACGUCUUCAUCAUCUUCACCGUGCUGUUGCUGGGCUUCUUCGUCUUCACCUACUUCAUGGUGCCCGAAACCAAGGGACGAUCGUUUGACGAGAUCGCCGCUGGCUUCCGCCAUGAUGCCGGAGAGGCAGGGGAGAAGUAUGCGCCUGACGAGAUGAACAGCCUGGGGGGAGCCGACUCCCAGCUCUAAGCCCUCCGA